AUGUCGACCACUUUCUUCACUGACUCUACUGCUGUUUCUGAGAAAGAGACAGAGACGGCCACUACCGAGAAAUCUACUACUGAGAUGCAAGUGGAGACAGUUGCUGGCUCUAGAACUGAACUUCCCUCCGAUUCAGCUACUUCCACAUCCUCAUCACCACAUCAAGUCCUGAACCAACCACACUCGCUACAUCCACCGCAGAGCCUACAACCACCACAACAGCCGCCACAGAUCCGACCGACGUCCUCACAGACCCUGGCUUCGAUUCAGACAGCAUCGCCCCUUGGUACACCCUCGGAGGUCGUGGCACGCUCUCCAUCACCGACGAAGAUACCCACUCCGGCGAUUUCUCUGGCCACUUCUACACGGAUGGUUUCAUCAGCCCUGUUGUCCUGGGCGUCGAUCAUACCGCUGACCAAUCCUUGA